UUGCAUUUCGGACAGACAGGUCGGAGGCGUGAGAUAUGGUGAUUCGUGGUGGUACCCAGCUGAGUCGGUUGGGCCAUAAAAAUCGUCGACGUCAAAAUGGCUUGUUCAUGAUACCAAAUAAGACAGUGUCGAAUGAUCCUUUCUGGUUACUGUGCCGACAACGCCAUAUCGCACAGCAAACAUCAAGAUCGUGUGCCCCAUUUUCACUGCAGGACGUAUUUUGUCAAUUAAUGCUGGAAUGACACCCCCAUCCUAUCUACCCCCCCCAAAGGUCAGAUCCCUAAGUAAGACGGAUCCUGAAACCCAACGGUCUAUUACAAAACCCCUAGAAAGCAAAAUUCCAGAACAAGAAAUCAGUUCGUGGAGGAAAAAAGCCUGAAUAAAUUUACGUCUUUACGUUGCCGGUUCAGCUGGGUAACUGCAGCCUAUUUUUUUUCGUACAGUCAUCGUGCCCCAGAGGGCGCUCUUCGUAAACAGCGGCUUUAAAACAAUGACAUGACGGCCACUCGUACCAUGUUCAAAGGGCAUGUUACAUCAUGAUCAGAUAUGCUUUACGUGAUGUGCAUUUUUAUGCAUGCACCGUAUCUCACACCAGUUCAGUGCUGUCCUUGUUUGAACCACACAGCUGUGAAUAAUUAUGCUGUGAUCAUCGACAAGGUGUAAGACAAUAGAUGUGACUUCAAAACACCGAGUGUUUUGACAUUGACAGCAAUACGGUGAAUUCCCCAUCAAGACUGAUCAACGUACAUGUAAGAACUCAACGGACGUGAAAAUGAUGAAAGUUGCAGUCAUUGGCGGCGGCGCAGCGGGGCUGUGCGCGGCGAGGUACCUCAGCGCCAAGCCCAGUUUGUUCCAGGCGACCGUUUACGAGCAGUCGGAUCAGGUCGGAGGCACCUGGGUGUACAGGGAUGAUGUAGGCACGGAUAAGUAUGGCCAGCCUAUUCACUCAAGCAUGUACAGUCGGCUCAGGACUAAUCUUCCCAAGGAAGUCAUGCUGUUUCCGGAUUUGCCAAUAGUAGAGGGCGACAAAACAUCCUUCAUAAAACACUCGGAAGUCUUACAGUACCUCAACCGAUAUGUUACGACAUUUGACUUGCACAAGUGUAUCCAGCUUCUGACGCGAGUUGAGUCGGUCAAGCCGGUCACGAAAAGUGGCAAAACUACUUGGGAAGUAACGGCAAGGAGUGCAGUGGACCCUGACUCUUCUCCAUCUGUCAACCAGUUUGAUGCCGUCAUGGUUUGCAAUGGACAAUAUGCUGUCCCCAACUGGCCAAUCAUACCGGGUUUGGAGACCUUCACUGGGAAAGUGAUCCACAGUCAUGACUAUCGACAUCCGGAGCAUUUCCAAGGCCAGACGGUGGUGUUACUUGGUGCUGGCAACUCCGGCGUGGAUAUUUCACUCGAUCUCCAUGUGCACGCGAAGAGGGUGUACCUCAGCCAUCUACACCCACCAGUCCAGGGGGUUCUCCCAGGCAAUAUGCAGCAGGUUUCAGGCAUCAAAGCGGUGCGGGGCAGCAGUGUUGACUUCUCGGAUGGUCGGAGCGUGGAGGCCGAUGCGCUGAUCCUGUGCACAGGUUACCUGUACAACUUCCCUUUCUUGACGCCCGAGUGCGAGGUCACGGUGGACAGGAAGCGCGUCAGCCCGCUCUACAAACACGUCAUCCACACGAAGUUCCCCUCCUUGUCGUUCGUCGGGCUGGUUUGGCGGGUCUGCCCAUUCCUGCUGAUGAGCUGCCAGGUGCGGUUCGUCAUUUCUGCCUUGGAGGAGAGAAUGACUCUCCCAAGCAAGGAGGAAAUGGACGCAGACACCCAGAAGGACUACGACUAUCGCUGCAAAGUGCUGAAAAUGCCCCAUCACUACGCCCACAAACUGGGUGAUAUGCAAUGGGAAUACUGCAAGGAACUGCUACGGUUGGCCAACGUAGACGAAGAUGAUGCCACCAAACCCAUCUUUGAAGAGCUUUACGUCGACUGUGCGCACUGGAGAAAUGAAGACCCACUCAACUACAAGAACCGCAGAUACGAGCUGACGGGCAUUUAACCAAAUUUAGGUUUAUGGGUAUGCACCCCUAACUAGGCUGCCAAAUUUUUCUCAUGAACGAUAUACACGCACCUUCAUUACAUUAUGACUUACUGGCCUGUUGUAAAACCUCUGUACCAUUAAUCAAACUUAUAUUAAGUGACGCAUUAAUGAGGAAUUUGUUGGAUAAAACCAACAAAGUUGUACAUACACUGUGCUCGUCCCGUACGAGGUAAAGUGUUCAAAUUCUAGAUGAUUUUUUUCUUUCCUUGCGCUUGCUUUCUUUGUUUUUAGCUCUUUUCUGAACAGUUAAGAAAUCAUUUGACGUCUACCGCAUAAAACUGAAAUACACACAGAUGAGGUGAUAAAUUAGGGUGGUGUUCCUUUAUCGUAAAUGGCUAGGAGAGUUUUUCCAUUCCUCUGUGAGCCCUGCACAUGGUUGAUUAAGCAGUUGAUGAAAUGUAGCCCGCAACAAAAGUGGCCAAGCGACCUACAUACAUUUACAUGUACACGAAAAUGUAUUUCUUCUACGCCGCCUCACAUUCUGUACCUGGGAUGAAGCCACAAUUUUGAAAUGUUAUUUUCAUUAAAGAAGCUUUAAAAUUGUUGCACUGUAAUUGGGUGGGUUUUGAAGCUCCAGGUAAUAUUUUUUAUGUUUUAGCCUUUGUAAUAUGAAUUAUAUCAUAAAUUAUUACAUAAUGAAUAAUAUCUUGACCAAGCCUCAAUAGUUUUAAAGCCUACACAGAAAUAGUUAUCCAUAUAGUGUAUACACCGUACGGCUGUUUGAUGUGCCUUCUGGUUGAAAAAAAAAUUACACUUAAUAUCUAAGUAUUGUUUCUAACGCUCACAGUUAUUGCCCUAUUAAAUUCGAUUGCGUAUCCAUUUGCAAUUUUUGGGGGGUUAUAAAGAGAUACAACAUUCAGGUGUAAACAAAUUUCAAACUGCUCUCUCUUGCAAAGCAAUCUGGAUCACCAUAGGCAAUAACGACUGUUUUAGUCCGGUCGACAGUCUGGAUGCCGUGAUUUAACUUGCCAUAUUGCGGAGAGUGGUAGAGGCGGAAACAAGUCAUUCAAGAGUGGGCCAAUGUGGAAAAGUUUAUUGUGCGAAAAAUCCGGGAACCUCUGAUGAAUUAUUCAAGAAGAUAUCUAUAAAUGCUUUUUUUGGGGGAAGGAAAUAAUGACUUUUGGCUUGGGUCAUUUUCAGCUGCCAAAGUCCAGACGGUACAAAUAAGAGGACCGGUCAAGCACAUUUUUAUUCCCUUGGGCCAAUAAUGUGUACGGUAUGUUUAUUCAGGGCUGUAAUAAAUACUCAAUAGCAUGCCGAACACGUUUUCCAAGAUAAGGCGUUGCCCAAUCAUUCAGCAGUUUUCAUAGUAAUAGAUAAACAGGUAUGUAACGGUUACAGAAUUUGUUUAUUUAACAAUUCAGCAUCCUUCAAUGAGAAAAAUGUGGAGGUUAGCGAGUCGAUUGGGAGGCUUCUGAUCGAUUGGAUGCUGGGUGCCGUCGCGGUGGUUUUGUCUGAGUUCGGAGAUUUCGCGAAAUCUCUUCAGCAUCAUGUCAUGGACUCCCUCAGUCAGUGCAGAGACGUUGUCUGCCGUCUGGCCUUCGGUGGGAACAUUGGGCAAGGUGUCCAGCACGAUAGCAACUGAUAGAUGAAGGAGACACCAAAAUACUCAGUGAACGGCAUUCAUUUACAUACACAUGCUUAUUCUCAUUUGUGGGAAGUUUGAAGCAGUUGCUGACAAGUGCGCACUCUGGUUGCUACUUUGGAGCGCAUGAUUCACAGUCUCUUAACUUUUAAAAGUCUGUGAAUUGUUAUCGGACUCGGAAAGGUCUAUAGACACUGCGUCUUUCUGUUUUGCUUCUUUUGAAAUUAUAUCCAAUUACAUGUUUACAUCAGCGAUUUCGUUUUUGAAAUUUCUUUAAUUCCUAAUUUUUUUUUACGCCAAUGGAUUCAUGCAUUUCUUUUCAGACAGCAUGUAGACACAAACCAUAGGAGCUUCUUUUAUUUUUUUAAGGUUCAUCGAAAUAAAGUGAUUUCAUCUUCGGCUCAUGUUUGCAUUUAAACCUAGUAAAAGGAAAGUCAUCUUUGUCAAAUUUAGUUCAAAAAGUUUAAAGAGUGCACCUUUAUCAAAGCGGUACUUCAAAGAAUCAAACGUGUUUGUACGAAGACGCAACAACAGGCACUAUUGGAACCUGCAAAGAGUAGAGAAUUAUCGGAAAAUAUCAACGCACCAACGCGUUGGCCAAUCACAAUGCGCGAAACCUGUCGACCCAAUGCGCGUUUGGAAAUGGUCGACAAAUUUCGCGCGUUGUGAUUGGCCAACGCGUUGCAAACUCUUGGAGGCGCACUCUUGUGAAUCGCCCGUAUUUAAGAUCCAAUGUCAAAUGUAGUGUAUAAGUAUUAUAAUACGAGUUGUAUGCUUUGGAAAUACAAAGGAACUACAUGCAGACAUAAUGUAUUUACUUUCCCUGAUCUUUUUCUAGCAACUGCAUAGAAGUUUCAGACGUAUAUGUAGUUAAAUCUUUAAAAGAAAUCGUUGAUCUAGCCAUUUGGCGAUUAAAGCAACCCACUGGCUAUUAUGAAUAA